AUGGCGCUACAACCAUUGUCGAUUGGGGACAUUCUUAUGCUGUCACAGACAGCUUGGAAGAUUGGAAGAGCAUUCGCACAUGGCAAGAAGAGCGCUCCGUCCGAGUUCGCAGAAGUGGAGAGGGAAGCGAAUGGUCUCAGCGAUGCAUUCAAGUUGGUUGCAGAGACGCUGCACGACGACGGUAGUGUCUUGUCCAGUGCCGACGACGAUACCAUCACGGCUGUAGACGCGAUCCUGGACAGUGCGAGGAGGACAUUGGACGAUCUGGACUCUUUCGUGGAUAGGUACCAGGUCAUCAAGAAGAAACAGAGGAGUGGGGGUGGUUUCGCAGUGGAACGCAGCUGGAGUGAUGUAGUCAUUGCAAACUACAGGACAUUCAAAUGGACAACAGAGGGCGGCGAUAUCAAUGACUUGCGGAACAUGUUGCAGAUGCAUACCAACUCCAUCAACCUAACGAUGCAAGCGCUGCAAUCCCGGUCGUUGGCGAGGCUCGAGAAGACUGUGAUGCCAAUGGCUAAGAACAUCUUGAGCAUCCACGACCGUGUGAAUGGAGAUCUGGGCGAUAAAAUUGACGACCUCCAUCAUAUCAUCAUGGCCAUCGCAAAUGCAACACCAACAUUGGUCGCACGAGAUCGGGCAAUCAGUUCGGUGGCCGAGCGAGACAGUAUUAGUACCGCUUCGACAUUCGACAGAUCCCCUCGGAUGCUCGAACAACGGCCACCACGAUCGUCAAGUUACAGUGCAUUUCCUCGGCAAGCCAGCCGCAGUCCACGAAUUCCUUCCCCUUCUCCAUCUACAAUURGCCUUGCGAUCAGUGGAAGCCAAGACAGUGGGCAGCCUAAUGACGACUAUAACCUAGAGCCGCGCCCUCGCGGUCGAAGCCAGAGCGAUGAUGGUUGGGAGUUUGCGGCAGAAAAAGAAUUAGAUGUGAGCAAUCUUGCCACAUCGCCACACGAUAGUGUCUGUGGACCAUUGGCGUCUUUCCGGAGAGAAUCACACGCAAGACGAGAGUCGCAAACACUACCGAGCCUCUUCAAGACUCUUGACGAGGAAAGUCACGACGAAGAGGACUCGCAUCUUCAGCCUCAACCUGAGCCUCGCGCACUUCGCACGUCUUGGAGAUCAUCAACGGGGAGCGAGAUCUUGCCGCCGCCUGCUCUUGUUCCUGGCAGUCAUGAAAACCGCCCGCCACCGCCUGCUACGCCCGCUACAUUCUUCGCGAGUCUGCAGAAAGUGAAGAGCAAUGGCAGCGUUGGAACGACAGUCGAUCGUCCUCGUACGGCAAAAUCAAUUCACAACUCGCCAAGAUUAUCCACUGGGAAUAGCAUGCCUCAAAAGUCUUCUAAUGGCCAGGAAUUUGAGAAGCAGCUCUUCCGUAAUGCUGCCAUUCUUUGCGAUGUUAGAUGCAAACUUGUGGAGCACGCGCAGACGAAUCCAGACGAGCCUGAUCCACGUUACAAUGUUGAGAUGGUCCCAGCGUGUCAGGAAGCCCGCGUGUGUGUCAUUCGCAAGCGGGAGAACCGCGAACUGAAGGGCUCCAAAGUCGUCACUUCGAUCUGGUGCUUGUCCGACGAUGGCGAGACGCGGCUACAACAGAAGCUUUCCGAGAUGCAGGAGACAGUUCCUUAUUGCUCCUAUUUUGAUCCAGAGAAAGUCUCCCUCCAACCGACUGACACUGAAACUCCGAUCACUCUUAAAUUUCAUGAUGACCAAUGGGGCACUCUGCUUCUUGGAGAGAAGAAGACAAACUGGGUCAACUACUGUUUCAUCUCCGAGCAAGAUGCAGUAUCGUUCCAAUCUGCUGUAUUUGGAAGACUGUUGUUAGGAAGCUAUCGAACAACGAAGACCACCGUCAUCCACGAAGGCUUGAAAGGCGCCUUCGCUUUUGAAGAGCAGUUUGCGAACAUCGAAAUGCUUCGACUGUGGGAGGAUGAUGGUAUUUCCACACCCGGCGCAGCUGGCGGCGUAAUGGCAUUGAUGCACAUCUCGUCGAACUUUGGWGAGGGCUGGGCUCGAUGGUGGAUCAACAACAGCCAGCAUCAACUCAAAGUCAAAGAUGAUGGUGCCAAACACGCAAAAGUCAAGGGCAUCAACAUCACAGUUGCCAGACCAGGAACCAACCAGCGGUUGCGAAGUGCUUCUACCUUUGGUGAGACACAGCCAAAGAUGGAGCAAAUUCGAAAUCUCCCUGCAAAACGAGUUAGUGGAGUGAGAAUUGAGUUCAAGACGGAUGAGGAGAGAUCCUUGUUUGUCAGUACUGCGAAGCGGGUACAGGAGCGAUCACUGCCAUUACCAGAUCUUUAG